AUGUUCUUUUUUUAUUUUGUUAGUUUUAUAUUUCCUUUUUUUUGUAUUUUCUUUCUCCAUCCUUUCUUUCUUACCUUUUCUCUUUUUCCUUCUUCUUCUUCCCUCUUCCUUCCUUUUCUUUCUCCUUUAUCACUUUUCUCUUCCUUUUCUCUUGUCCAUGCUUGUUUCUCUUUCGAUAUCUUUAAUCCUAUUCUUUCCCUAUUCUUCAAUCUCUUUAUACCUUCGUCUUCUUCAUUCUUUCAAGUCCUUUCCUCUCUCUUUUACCUCUUCUUCUUUAUCUACCAUUUCUCUUUGUCCCUAUCAUUACCAAGUCUUUUCUUCUUCCAUCUUCCUUUAUUCUUUUCUUCAUCAUUAUUUGCUUGUUUUGCCCAUCCUUCCUCAAAUCUUUUCCCUCCUGCCAUUACAUCUAGCAGGCAAGAAUCUUCGACAUUCUCUUUCAGAAUGAAUCUAUCUAUCUAUCUAUCUAUCUAUCUAUCUAUCUAUCUAUCUAUCUAUCUAUCUAUGUCCUAUCUUUCUGUUUAUCUAACUAUCAAUCGAUCUGAUUGGGCUCAUAUCUAUCUAUCUAUCUAUCUAUCUAUCUAUCUAUCUAUCUAUCUAUCUAUCUAUCUAUCUAUCUAUCUAUGUCCUAUCUUUCUUCUGUUCAUAUCUUUCGAUCUGAUUCUGUUCAAAUCUAUCUAUCUAUCUAUCUAUCUAUCUAUCUAUCUAUCUAUCUCUCUAUGUCCUUUUCAAUCUAUCUAUCAAUCUAUCUCUCUUUCACUCUCUCUCUCUCUCUCUCUAUAUAUAUAUAUAUAUAUAUAUGUUCAAGGGAGAUAA